AUGGAGCACAACGACCUCGCCCGUAUGCCCUCCCAGUACAGUGGACACGGCAAGGCGAGAGCAGGUCCGAGGCCGGUUAUAACGACGCCGUCGUCCAGCAGGAGCAGAGUUCCAACCCUCCCGAUUCAGAUUCCCACCAACGCAAAUGUCUCUGGGAAUCUACCGCCUUCGGCGCCGGCGAGCCCGCCGACACCUGCGCCCUCUCCUACCAUGGGGACUGCACCCGACUGGUCUUUCGCGUCGCCGCGUGAGGAACUGGGUCAUGAAAAGCUCGAAGACGACGCCGCGAUCGUGAGCAGUGUUGGCUACAGGCACAUGCGCGCAACCUUCGAGAGUGCGGACAAUGAUGAGCGGCAACGAAUGCUUGCCGAGCUUCUCAAUAUGUGUGAUGGCAAGUUGCUGGGAUUUGUAGCGAGUUUCGUGGGGCCUCGUCUGAAGAGAGAUCCGUUCUCAAGCCUGCCUAAUGAGCUGUGCUUGCGAAUACUGACCUUCGUUGACGAUGCCAAGGCACUGGCUAGGAGUUCGCAAGUCUCCAAGCGCUGGCGAGAGCUAGUCAACGACGACCUUGCGUGGAAGAGUCUCUGCGAAAGUCACGCAUUCCGCAGGCUCUCAGACGAAGCACCUGUAUCCCAUUCACGUCGAGUUCCAGCAGCACAGAGCUCGAAUCAAGAGCACAACUAUCCGUAUGGCUUGCACAACUCCGCAUUGCAAGGACUAUCAAGCUCAGCGCCUGACUUGACACGCCGGAUAAGUAUGAACACUUGUCCAGCUAUGUUAGCUGAUACACAGUCGCCCCGAGUGACACCAUCUUCGACCAACAAGCGGCGACCAAAGGCGAUGACUUACCGUUCUCAUUUCAAGCAGCGCUACCAAGUCGAAACUGCGUGGCGUACAGGCGGCACAGUGCAUCCGAGGCAAAUCACCCCUGAUCAAGGUGUUGUAACGAGCCUGCAUCUCACGCGCAACUACAUCAUUGUAGCUCUCGACAACGCCAAGAUUCAUGUCUUCGAUCCCGAAGGCCGGCAUCUGCGCUGUCUACAAGGCCACGUGAUGGGCGUGUGGGCGAUGGUCCCACAUGGAGACACCCUGGUGUCUGGUGGUUGCGACAGAGAUGUACGGGUGUGGGACUUGCAGACAGGCCAGGCUGUCCAUAUGCUACGAGGGCAUACCAGUACCGUGCGGUGUCUGAAGAUGUCUGGCUCGAACAUUGCUAUUUCUGGCUCACGGGACACGACAUUACGAAUUUGGGAUAUCAGGAAGGGGAUUUGCAGGCAUGUCCUGGUGGGACAUCAGGCAUCGGUCCGUUGUUUGGAAAUUCACGGUGAUCUGGUGGUAUCUGGCUCUUACGACACAACCGCGAGGAUAUGGUCAAUCAGCGAGGGGCGGUGUUUGAGAACUUUGCAAGGCCACUUCAGCCAAAUCUACGCUGUGGCAUUCGACGGCAAGCGUGUGGCGACAGGUUCACUUGACACUUCUGUCCGUGUCUGGGACCCGAAGGACGGUAGAUGCUUGGCCCAGCUGCAAGGCCACACGUCUCUUGUCGGUCAGCUCCAGCUGCGGAACGACACUCUGGUUACGGGCGGUUCCGACGGAUCAGUCAGAGUCUGGUCACUUCAGACGUAUUCUGCAAUUCAUCGCCUUGCAGCACACGACAAUAGUGUUACCAGUCUGCAGUUCGACGACAGCAGAAUCGUUUCUGGUGGUUCGGACGGCAGAGUCAAGGUGUGGGAUUUGGAUCGCGGCGUCUUGAUACGUGAGCUUGGUAGUCCGGCAGAAGCCGUGUGGAGGGUUGUGUUCGAGGAGGAGAAAGCCGUUGUGCUCGCGAGCAGGAAUGGAAAAACUGUCAUGGAGGUAUGGUCUUUCGCCCCACCAGCGGAAGAUGAUUUCUCCGGAUCGUCUCGACCUCACUCUCACACGCUCGCGCAUGCCAGCAGCUCCAUGUCGAUGCCUUCGAUUGCUCCUUACCAAGACCCAGCAUAUGGCGAACGUCCGCAAUGGUCUGGGAGUCAUCUCCACAAGGAGGAGUCUGCAUUGGAGCAGCAGCAGGAUGAAAUUAUGAGCGACGCUUACGAUUGGCAAGCAAGGAACGACGACGACGACCCUCAACGAAUACAAGAGAACCACUCAUGA